AUGAAUUACAAAGUGGUCACUCUUCGUUCUGUCUAUUCUACACUAAUAACAUCAAUAACACCGAAAAAAGCAAGAAAAAUAUCAAUAAUACCAACAAACACAUCACUUCAACGAAAACUAGUUUUGCUCAUACCACUGCUAUUUUACACAUUUGUUUUUGUACUGUGUACUACGAAAUUCUAUAGUCGAGAAAGUACUCUGAAUGAGAGAAGGUCAAUAGAAGAAAUGUGUGAAAUAUCACAAUGUUUUAACAAAAGCGACAACAACAAUCAUUCGCUGCCGUUACCAGACACUACCAAUAUAAUGGCUGUUACAUCAGAGCAUCCUGAUACAGAGGAUCGAAAUCAAACUCAAGAAGAAAAAGAAGCAAAUGACGAUUCUCGAAAUUCAUACGUAGAUCUCGCAAUCCAAAGAAACUAUCCAUUCACAAUCGCUACUGCAGCUAGUGAAAAUCACUUCUGCGUACUCCAGAGUUGGAUCUAUAAUGCACAAAAUACCCUACACGAGCUCAACAAUGAAUCUCUUGUCCCACAAAUAAUAAUUUACGAUCUAGGCCUCCUCAAUUACCAACGAUCUAUUCUCAAAUAUCUACACACCAAAGGGUUUUUCACAGAGCUGCGUCGAUUCAAUUACACGAAAUAUCCCAAUUUCUGGAAUAUUAAUAAGAAGCGUGGCGAAUAUGCGUGGAAAGCCGGGAUCAUAAGAGAAGUUGCAAAAGAGUUUCCGGGCAUUGUGGCAUGGUUGGAUUCGGGAUCGAUGUUUAAAAAAGAAUUUUUAACGAAUCUGCUUAACAUUACGCGUGUUCAUAAGGGAUUUUUUUCUGCAAAGUCUAAAGGUCGGAUACCACAAUGGACUCAUCCCGGAACAUUUAAAUAUUUCAAUUUGAGACCAUAUCGAUUCCGUAACUACAGAAAUUGUAAUGGUGCGAUGAUAGUUUUUGACACGAGAAAAACCCAGCCACUAAUAGAUGCCUGGUAUAAAUGUGCACUAGUAAAGGAUUGUAUAGCGCCAAAAGGAAGCGAUCGAAAGAAUCAUCGUCAAGAUCAAGCAGUUCUCACAUUAUUAGCAGCAAUGGAUAAACGACAUUGCUCCAAAGAAUCAGAACCCUAUGGGGUUCACUUGCAUCAAGAUCAUCAUUGCCAGGAACAAAUAUACAAUUUUGAAAAGGUUCAUACGGAUAUACGAUAUUAUUUGUAG